CCUCCGGACCGGCACUCAGGAAUCUCGCCCGCAGGGACCAACACCACGUGGACCCAGGAACUCCAGCUUCUCUCCACUUUAUGCACUGGAAGGGGCGGUCGCGGUGACGUUUCAGGCAACGCCUCUGCUGCCAGCCAAUAAGGAGCGGGGGACGCGUCGGGCCUUCGCUCAUUGGGCCACGCUGGCCCCGCCCCGCGGUGAUCGUGAGCCAGCCGGCCGGCUAAUAAAAUCCACCCCACACCCUCAGUGUCCGGCUUUUGUACGCUGGGUGUCGGCUCCGCCGGUCGCUCUUACUCCUUUUCUCCUGCUCCGUCUGUCUCUCCCAACCCCGGACGCCCGGCUUCCUGGUUAUAUUUUCCUUAUUUUUCCUCUCUCCUUUCGCGGUUCAGCAUGCAGAAAAAAGACGCCUCCUCACAUGGUUUCCUGCCUCACUUCCAACAUUUCGCCACGCAGGCCAUCCAUGUGGGCCAGGAACCAGAGCAAUGGACCUCCAGGGCUGUGGUGCCCCCCAUCUCACUGUCCACCACGUUCAAGCAAGAGGCGCCUGGCCAGCACUCGGGUUUUGAAUAUAGCCGUUCUGGAAAUCCCACUAGGAAUUGUCUGGAAAGAGCAGUGGCAGCACUGGAUGGGGCUAAGUACUGUUUGGCCUUUGCUUCAGGUUUAGCAGCCACGGUAACUAUUACCCAUCUUUUAAAAGCAGGAGACCACAUUAUUUGUAUGGAUGAUGUGUAUGGAGGUUCAAACCGGUACUUCAGGCAGGUGGCAUCUGAAUUUGGAUUAAAGAUUUCUUUUGUUGACUGUUCCAAAAUCAAAUUACUAGAGGCAGCAAUUACACCAGAAACCAAGCUGGUUUGGAUUGAAACUCCCACAAAUCCCAUCCUGAAGAUGACUGACAUUGAAGCAUGUGCACAUAUUGUCCAUAAGCACGGAGACAUUAUUUUGGUCGUGGAUAACACUUUUAUGUCCCCCUAUUUCCAGCGGCCUUUGGCUCUGGGAGCUGAUAUUUGUAUGUGUUCUGCAACAAAAUACAUGAAUGGCCACAGUGAUGUUGUAAUGGGCCUGGUGUCUGUUAAUUCUGAAAGUCUCCAUAAUAGACUUCGUUUCUUGCAAAAUUCUCUUGGAGCAGUUCCAUCUCCUAUUGAUUGUUACCUCUGCAAUCGGGGUUUGAAGACUCUACAUAUCCGAAUGGAAAAGCAUUUCAAAAAUGGAAUGGCAGUUGCCCAGUUCCUGGAAUCUAAUCCUCGGGUAGAAAAGGUUAUUUAUCCUGGGCUGCCUUCUCAUCCACAGCAUGAGUUGGCGAAGCGUCAGUGCACAGGCUGUACAGGGAUGGUCACCUUUUACAUUAAGGGCACUCUUCAGCAUGCUGAGAUUUUCCUCAAGAACCUAAAGCUAUUUACUCUGGCUGAGAGCUUGGGAGGAUACGAAAGUCUUGCUGAGCUUCCGGCAAUCAUGACUCACUCAUCAGUUCCUAAGAAAGACAGAGAUGUCCUUGGAAUUAGUGACACAUUGAUUCGACUCUCUGUGGGCUUAGAGGAUGAGAAAGACCUACUGGAAGAUCUAGAUCAAGCUUUGAAGGCAGCACACCCUCCAAGUGGAAGUCACAACUAAUAUUCCACAGCUGCUGUUAGAAGCUACUUCCUGCGAAGAUCAAAUCUUCCUUGAGUAAUUAAAUGGACCAAUAAUGAGCCUUUGCAAAAUUUUCAAGUGAAAAUUUUAAGGCACCUCAUUAUCUUUCAUAACUGUAAUCCUCUUAGGGAUCCUCUCUGGUAAAAAGUUUUCUGUAAGUCAUAAUUACAGGGCAAUUCUGUUAAUAUCUUUUUGUUAAUUUUGCUAUAUGUUUGCCUCUGAAGGAGGUGAGAUUUGUGCUGCUUUGGGGGAUCAUGCUCUUUUUUCAUGUCUAAGAUUGAUUUUAUUCAUGUUUACAAUGUAAUGGUAAUUCAUUUUUGAUGUUUUGUGAAGAAUUUAAAUUUAAAUGAAUUUUCUUAAAUAAAUUGUGAUUUUUUUUGCAUAUUGUUGAAAAGAACAUUAAAAACAAUGGUUUACACUUAA